GGACCGGCAGCAAGAGGCAGCAGACCCCGGCGGCAACAAAUACCCCGUGGGCGACGGAUCGCAUCCCAGAACUAUAAAUCUCGGCUGGGAAUCGUAACCCCCCGGUCGGUUCCUCGGUCACUCCGCUUUCCUGUUCCCAGGCUUCCAAGCCCCUCCCGCCCUCUGAUCUUCGUUCAGGGCCCGACUCGCUUCAGACCUGGUGCCUCGCUUCGCCUACGCUUCCAUCCAUCACUAAUCGAUCCGAUCGUCUCCCGGUGAUCGUCUCCCGAUUCUCUUUCUCUGGAGUGAACCUGCACCCUCGCCACCAGAACCCCUCCGCAAUGAACGCUUCUCACAGCUCGCUGAAUGCUUCCCCUGCCGGCUCCGGUGCCAGUACCCCAUCUGGCACUCGCAAGGGCAACGCUCCCAAGUGUGGAUGCGAUGGUUGCACCGACCGAGCUGUCAAGAUCGUUGGCGACUGCCGCUACUGCAACUCCAAGUUUUGCUCGCGACACCGCCUGCCUGAAGCUCAUGCCUGCCCCAACAUUCAGCACUGUCGCGACGAGUCGUCGGCCAAGAAUGCCAUCCGGCUGCUCGGCGACAAGUGCGUCGCUCCCAAGGUUCAAUAAGCAGCCUCCCGUCGCUGGCUCAUCCAGCCUCUGGAUGAAUCAAGGACGAGCGUAGACAUGCCUCUGUUGCCACCACCACCACCACUACCUCCUGCCACCACUACCUCUCCUCUUCCCACACACCCGAUCACCGUUCUUGUGUCGGUUGCUAGCCUUCAUUGUCAUACGUUUGCAAGGUCUUUAGACUGUUGUUCUCGUUGUUGCAGCGGGUCAGAGUCACUUUGACACCACACCUUGUUUGGAGGUGAACGCUGCACUCGGGAAACAUGUAGUUGACGAUUUGCCGCUUCUACUGUGUGAAUAGUCUGUUUUAUAGCUCGUCUAGUUUCGCCAUCCCCUCAAUCUCUCUGUCUCGCCCUUUUUUUUUUUUGCCUUUUUGCUUGUUUCCGAAUAGCUUGUUGCUGAAGUAUAGG